AUGGCCCAAAAUUACAAAGACAGUGACACCCUCAAGCAGGAGCUUCGUGACGCUAUAGCUCCUCUUGUUCGCGGGGCUGAGGCCAAUCCCGAAGACCAAGAGCGGAUCGAUCAGAUUGCACGUAAACUUGAAGCAGUAAAUAAGGUAAAGGAGCCACUCAAGUCUAAUUUGCUGAAUGGGAAAUGGGAGCUGCUAUAUACAACUUCCGAGUCAAUUCUGCAGACCCAGAGACCAAAAUUCUUGAGACCAAAUGGAAAAAUCUAUCAGGCAAUAAAUAUAGAUACUUUGAGGGCUCAAAAUAUGGAAACUUGGCCAUUCUUCAAUCAGGCUACAGCUAAUCUGAUUCCUCUCAAUGCAAGAAGGGUGGCUGUUAAAUUUGAUGCUUUCAGAAUUGCUGGUGUGAUACCUAUAAAGUCACGUGGAAGUGGUCGUGGUCAACUGGAAAUAACAUACUUGGAUGGAGACUUAAGGAUUUCAAGGGGUAAUCAAGGCAACUUGUUCAUUUUGAGAAUGGUGGAUCCAGAGUAUAGAGUCCCUCUAUAA